AUAGCUCGUUACUUGUUCGUUUAUUCUCGUUCGUACUCACGCGUUUCUUCACAUCGUUGUUUCUUUCAUCGUGGUCUUGCAAAAAUUAAAAAAAUAUAUACUUUUAGUGAAUGUUCGGAAUUUAAAUUUGGUGUAAAAUCUUGGCCUAUUUUAUUGCCAAUUAUACGUUGUAAAAUUAGUAGUAUUUUUGAUCGUGUAAACGGCAAAAUUUGCAUAAUUGAAAGUGCGAAUUGCUUACUGAUUGAUGUAUGAAGAAGUGGCAAAAGUUGGCGAAGACGUUGACAGCGACAAAGUCGAAAACGGCAGAAAGAAGUUGUGAUUUGGAAUGUGCUUGUGAAAAAGAGAAGAAUAGUUAAAAUCAAAAAAGCAGAUAAGUGAGCAAGGGAGAAAACAAAUAAUCUGCUUGUUGAAAAGAAGUAGAAGUAACGUGCCGCAAGAGCAGCGUUGUCCUCGGCUGUGACCAGAGGCCAUGAAAGUCUGACUUUUCUUAUUAUGAAGUCUGAUAUGAAAAUAUUCAAAUUAAAAUUAGAGAUCAUCUGUUAUGAAAAAAUAUAAAAAGGAGAUUUAAAGAUAAAUUGAUUUAGCCUUGAGGUGAUCUCUGUUAUAGGACGUAAAAGUUUCAUCGACCUCGAGACGUGAGUGUGGUUGUUUGAAUCAAAUUGAGUGCAUGUGUAAGUUUAAUGUAUAGGAAUCAGGGUUUUAUCAAGCAUAUUUUUAAUCGAAGAAUAGUGGUCCCCUGCUGUCGUUAGUAUCCUCGCUAUGUCAGCGGACAAUGAAGCAAGUUGCACUGGGCGAAGGAAAGACAUAAUGCAAAAAGCAAUGAGAAAUGACAGCAGCAGCAACGACGACGAUGACACCUUUGAAGAUCUGGCGGGCUCUGCAAAUAAUUCAAUCAUUGGGAAAGUGAAAUCGCGAGUGUCUAGCAUAAUUCCCAGCAGUUUAUCGAAAUGGUUUUCUCCGUCAACAAGGAAUAAUGAUUCCUUAAAUGGAAGUUUCCGUGCAGGCACAGCGCGCCGUCGUCGACGAUUGGAAAUUGAGGACGAUGAUGAAUAUGUUGGUGACGACGACGGCGAUAUUAAUGAAGAUUGCAUUGUUUUACGCAAAGAGUUUAAUGAAAACUUGUCGGGUCACGUUGAUAAAGUUAAUAAUGAUUUCGAAGAAGGUGAUAGUGACAAAAGUGAAGACGGUUCAAUCAAUGAAUCUGUAGUGUCAAAGCAGAGAACACAUCGGACUGUAAAACCGUGUGGUUAUAACCAACCGCCUAGUAAACGAUCACGAAUUAGUGUUGAUGCUUCUAGCAUUCAUCAUCCACCUUUUGUAGCGUCAACGCCUGCAAUUGGUAUAAGUCAUCGAAAUAUUAACCAUGCUCCCAAUGAAAACACAACAAAAAUUAGACCUACAUCUUCUAACGUAGAGGAAAAUGUUUAUAACUACAAAAUAGCUGACAAAAUCGGACCAUAUUCAUUUCCUCCACAGAAAAAACUUGCGAAGAAUACGAUUUCAAAUGAGAAAGAACUGGAUAAUUUUGCUGCAAUAAGUUCAAGACGCACAUUGCACCUUCCUUCAACUUCUCAAGCAGCUAAGGAACGGGAAUUAUCAACUGCUUUUUCUAACUGCCAACGACAAUCGAUUAGCGGUAAUAUUCAAAAAGCGGAUACACAAAGUCAAGAAGAUUCGCCACUUAGCAAAAACAAACAACCAACAGAUUUACCAGAAGUGAUGUUACGUCGAAAUGCAAAUGGAAAUACCUUAUUGUUAACAGGCGCUAAGAAGCAACGUCUAAACGGCACCGAUCCAGAAGAAAAUAAUGCAGAUGAUGAUGAUUCCGUUUCCGACAGCAGUGAAGACUUACUUGGUAACAGUUCUGAUUUGCACAAUAAUAUACCAUCAGUGCAACGUAAAACUGGUCUGUUCAACAUGUCUAAUUUGAAUAGUCAAAACGAUAACAAAAGCCGAACUUCGUCUUUUGGGAAUGGUAUCAAUUUUUAUUCUCACUUAGAAGGUCGCAAAUCGCUUUUUUCUGGGCCAGCAAAUGCCAGCGGAUCAACUAACGUACUCAAUAAUUCAACAUUGUCUUUGACGUCUCUUAACAGGCGUCAAUUUAACGCUUCCAUUUAUGGUAGUACCUCGGCAUUGAGUGAUAGUAGAUUGCUUAAUACUUUCUCGCCUUUCUACAAGGGAAAAACAACAUAUGGAGGCGCAGCAGCCUAUAAAAAAUAUAGUUCCGGCACUGGCGCGAAUAAAAUUUUUAAUAUUACCCCGACUAUUAUUCGUCCCACAUCGAGCUUAUCGACACUGUCAUCGUCAAAUAACUCUGCAAGUGCGAACGCUGGUGGAGCAAUUGCUUCAGGUGGAUUGAGUAACAACGGCACUGAAAAUCCUUCUGCCAUUUCUAACACAGCUAAGCGUAUACUCGAUUUAAUAAAUGAUUUUGCUACACCCUUAAGCGAAGCUAAGAAAAUGGCCAACUCUAGCGUUAAGACAAAUCUACAACUUUUACCACAAACAAAAUCACGUAUAAAUGAAUCGGACCUGCAAGCCUCGAGAGCAAUACGCUUGUCUCAAAUUCGAACACCAUAUACCCGCCCAGCCGUAACCUUACUACCAACAAUCAAGAAUACAAUUUUGCCACCGCCAGUGAAGGAAUUGCAAGUACCAUCAAUGUCACAGUUAUUACAGAUGAAGAAGAUGCAAAGCACCACUGAACGUUCACGACAAAUAACAAUGCAAAACAGCAGCAGCACCACAUGUUCGAUAGCGAGAAGCAGCGAUUAUGUCUUACCAGUUUCAAAUGAAAACAAUACAGACUACAAGGAGUGCACACAAGCACGACCUCAACAGCAACAGCAACCACAUACGAAUAAAAUAAAAAGCAAAGUACGUGUGUCUUCUCGCAUAACUGCUUCGAAGAACGCUGCAAAUAUUGAGGCUGAUGAAGCGCCAGUACCAGUCAAUCUGCCCAAUAUUGCAUUUCCUCUUAUGCAAUCUGUGCCAAAAUUUGACAUUGAUCUACCUAAGCCACAAGCUGCGGCGUCGGCGACAGAUAGUACCAAGUUCGACUUAUCUACACCAAAGUCUUUAUUUGAAAAGCAGCCAGCUAAUGAUAGCGGCAGUAGCAACAGCAGUGUUUUCACAAAUAAAAAUUCAUUCACUUUCAGCGCAAAUAGCAAAAAAAUCGUGUCUCCCAUUAGGGAUCUGAACAACAUUAAAAAUGAAAAGAAAUCACUAGCCGAAGAGAUGCAAAUGAAUUUUAAAUUCUCAGCACCUUUUACAUUUGUCUGUGAUGGUGCCAGUGUUCCAGCGCAACAAAAUCUCACUGCUAAUACUAAAACAUACACAUUUAGUGCUCCGAAGGCGUUGGGUUCUGAAGAUAAGGCAAGCUAUUCCUCAUCUCCUGCAAAAUCCGUAGUGGUUCAAACUGAUGGUACCACUGUAUUGCCCCAGCUAAAAAGUGGCAGUGUGCUUGAUGCUCUGAAGAAACCUUUCAGUUUACUAUCUGACACAAAAGAAAAAAAAUUGAUCGCGGGUGUAACUGAGGCGAAUAGUGGUUUUGGAGAUCAAUUUACGAAUGCUACGAUGAAUAAAUGGGAAUGCGACACUUGUUUGAUUCGCAACGAAAGCAAUAUGGAAAAAUGCGUUGCUUGUGAAACGCCUAGAGCAAAGCCAGUAACAACAACUUCAAAAGUCACUGCGGGCACGCCUUUUGCCUCUGGUUCCUUGAGCUUAAGCGCUCAGUUUAAAAAAUCUUCUGAUGAGUGGGAAUGUGACGUUUGUAUGAUACGGAACAAACAACAUGUGGAUAAAUGUGUUGCGUGUGAAACUCCACGGAAGGGAAGGGAAUUAUCCAUUAUAUGUGCGACAAAUAAGUGGCAGUCGAAUUCAUUCGGUGACGCUUUUAAACCUAAAUCCAACACCUGGGAGUGCCCCACUUGCCUUAUAAAUAAUCAAUCCGAUUGCAGUGAGUGUGUCGCUUGCCAGACAAAACAUCCUGGUAGCGGUAGAGAUGGUGUCAAUAGCAGUAAUGCUUUUACUACAAACAAUAACCAGAACACAACUCAAUUUAAAUUUGGCUUCGGUGACACUACUAGCGCAACUUUUGUUCGACCAACCGUAUCUGUAACACUCGAUUCUGGUUUUAAAUCAAUUGCGGCCUCCCAAAUGUCAGCCAAGUGGGAAUGUGAUGCUUGUAUGACGCGAAACGACGCUGCCCGUAACAAAUGCGUUUGUUGUGAGCAAGCGAAACCUGGCACCACAACACUGGACGUCACUGAGAAUGGUCCCAAGUUUGCUUUUGGGACAGCCGCGUCAUCGAAAUUCUCUUUUGGUUUCGUUGAUGGUGUUAACGGUACGUCGACAACAGAGACUGGUAAAGUGCCGGCAUCGGUAGACGGAUCCAAUGAAAAGACUGAUGAGGGGACCGCCAAGGGGUUUGUCUUUGGAAACACGGCUACGGCGGCUGCAUCAACCCAGUUUCCAGCUGGUGCUGGUAGCUUCAGUUUUGGGAUUAAACCGUCCCUUGCUUCGAAUGAAAAACAAGCUGAUAAAAAAACUGACGUGAGCAAAGACGUCGCAGAUAAUGGAAAGAGUUCUGCCAAGACAUCAAAUGAAUUGAUUAAUAGUGGAUUUAAAUUUACUACAACUACCAGUAGUAAAGACGUGUUAACUAAUAAUGCCACAUCCAAUUUCAAAUUCGGUGUACCAUCCACCACUGCCGCUGUUGAUGCUUCUAGCUCGAUGCCUGGUAGAACCCCUACAGUCAACUUCAACUCAAAAACUUCUGCUACCGUAGUUGGGGCUGUAUCCACACAAUCAACUAUCACCACAGCAGCGCCGAGCAGCAAAGACACAACUGGAAGUUUUACCUUCGGUAAUAACAGCACUGCAACUACAGUUACGCAGCCGUCCACUGGUGGUUUCUCAAUCGGUACACCAUCAAAAACAACUGGCGCAAAAACAACAACGACAACCACAGCAACAACUUUUUCCCUCGGCUCCUCAAUUUUUACCACUCUUGCUGACCAAGCAUCAGCGGCUUCAACUACCACCACAUCGACUGCUACAAUUAAACCGAUGUUUAGUUUUGGCAGUACUACUAGCUCUACUAAGCCAGUAGAAUCAGCUGCGAAAACUCCAAUCACGUCUACGCCAUCAUCUAAUAACAGCCUGCCUACUACGGCUUUUUCAAAACCAACUGGUGGUUUUAGUUUUGGGAUUACUGUACCAGGCAGUUCCAGCGCCUCUACAGCCACAAAACCGGUUUUUGGUGGUUUCGUAGCUCCCACUGCUGUUUCGAAAGCUUCAACGAUAGGAACUGCAUCUGCGGAAAAUACCUUGCCACCUGCAUCCACUAACGUGUUUGGAUCUUUCGGAAGUACAUCUUCUGCAACAACAACUACUACCUCAGCCACACCGACAGUAGUAAGCCCAGCAGCAUCGAUAGCAACCAACACAAACUUGUUCGGCAAUAUAAGCCAAGCUGUUGCGCCCAAUGCAUGCGACGAGUCCAAACCUACCGCAUCGGCUACGAUGAUUUUCGGAAGUACUGGCAAUGCCACCAACACUGACAACAAAACCACCACCGCUGCACCAUUUAUUUUUGGCUCGUCAUCGUCGAAUUCCGUAACGCAAGGAGCAGCGAACAAUACUACCACCAGCGGCAGCAUAGUUGCAGCUGCGACAAGUUGGCCAAAAGGUGGAUUCUCCUUCGGGUCGGGCACAUCGAAUGGUGGUGAACCUCAAAAACCUAUAUUCGGCAGUUUCGUCUCUGCUGCAGCCUCUCAGUCUACAGCAAAGAGCGGUUCGGUUUUUGGCAGUUUAGGCGGUAGCAACACAACUCCGAACGCAAACUCCUCCUUCGGCAGUGUAGCUGCCAACGCAACAAGUCCCAGUACUUUGUUCAGUGCUAACGCUUCAACAAUCGCAGCGGUUGCGCCAAUACCACCAAGUCUGUUUGGUAAUGUAUCGGCUGCAGCAUCGUCGUUUGGAUCACCUCCUGCUUUCGGUAGCAGCGGUAAUAAUAACGCUAACAGCAGCACGUUGACGUUUGGCGCUACUUCCAACUCAGCGACAUUCGGUAGCAUUGGCGCGGCUGCGGCCAAUGCCAGGAGCGAUGGCGCAUCGGCUCCAAAGAAAUCUGAGCCGGCUUUCAAUUUCGGUGGAAACACUUCUCAAAUGGGGUCGAGUGGAGGUUUCAAUUUUGGCGCACCGGCAAGUGCGGUUGUAAAGCCAGCUUUUAACUUCACAGCUUCAAGUGCACCGGCUUUUAACUUUACAGGCUCGUCCAGUGAUACGGCGAAACCUUUCCAAUUCGGAGCGGCACAACCAGCACCUGUUUUCAAUUUUAGUAGUGGGGCUGAGGAGGCCACACCGAAUGCACCUUUCCAAUUUAAUGCAGGCACUACGCCUGCUCCAAGCAAUAUAUUUGCACCAACGCCAUCAGCAUCAAAUGCCCCGGGUGCCAUGCAGGUUCGACGAAAGAUCCGUCAACCAACAAGGCGUCUCACACCACGGUAGAGCAAUUCAUAAUAACGGACGCCUCUGAGGGCAUGGACAAACAACAGCAACACCAACUGACGGGACAGCUACUAUGGUCAAAACAAAAGAAAAGC